UAAAGGUAACAACCUCCACAGUCAAGAUGAUGAAGUGCAUCGCUCUCCUCCUGGCCCUCGCCGCCGUCGCCUACGCCGCCCCAGGCCUGAAGGGAUAUCCAGUUGGCUACGGCAGUGGCAUCGGUCGCAUUGGUGGCUUCGGCAUCGGCAAGGGUUUCGGCGGCUUUGGCGGUCUCGGCUACGGAGGUAUCGGCGGUUUCGGCAAGGGCUUCGGCUACGGCGGAAUCGGAGGCUUCGGCAAGGGCAUCGGAUACGGUGGUCUUGGCGGUUUCGGCAAGGGCUUUGGCCUUGGUGGAUUCGGCCUCGGCGGCUAUGGCGGUGUUGGUUACGGACUGGGUCUCGGCAAGGGAGUUGGCUUUGGUAAAUUUGGUCUCCAUGGUUAGACGUCAUGACCGAAGAAGGUUGAACAUAGGCCUAAUGGAAAUGAACAAGGCCCCAAAGAGGCGUGCAUUUUGAAGACCCCAGUAGGUUUGCGUGAUACUUCAACUAUAGUCAUCAUAUACAUGAACAUUCCAAACGACGCUCACGCUGGAAGUUUAACAAAUGACGGACAGACUCGCCAGUGCCAUCACAUCUUGCCUUGGCUAUACAUUGUUUUAACUAAAGAAACUCGAUCUCUGAACUUUUUAAUAAGCCAACCACUUCGUUGAAAUGAUGUUAUUUAGCAAGCGAAGCAAUUGAAUACUUUGUUUGCUGUAAAGUCAUAACACCAACGGUGAUGUCAUUAAGUAACAUUUUUCCACAUUGCUCAUCAUUGUACGUUUUUUAAAUUACCAUUAUUUAACACGUUUUAAAAA